AUGGCCGAUAUUGUUAAAAUAGUUUACACUGAAUUUGAAAGUGAGAAAACGCUUUUUGGAAAGGAACAGACAGAAGAAAUUUGUAUUUCAUUACCAAGUCGUUUCGUAAAGUUCUAUGAUAAUGCUCUUGAGUCUGGUGUCAAGAGAAAAAGUGGUGUCGAUUAUGAAGAUGACAUGCUAUACAUACAUCUCAAAGGAAAGUGCACUUUGGAAGCUAUCAAAGCAAGUGAUGAUGAUCUUAGCACCUUCUAUUUGGUUGGUGGGUUUGGAGGCUGCAAGUAUGUACACAAGAAGGUCAAAGCUGCUAUAGAAAAAAGUUUUUAUAGCCAAGGUUGUUCUUUUAAUGUAAUAGUGCCUCCUACUCCUGAAUUAGCUGUUGCUACAGGAGCUGCUAUGUGGCGUAAGAAUCCAGAUAAGAUUAAAGCAAGACGAUCUGAUGCUACAUAUGGGAUAGCCGUAUCUCUACCAUUUAAAGAUGAUGAGCAUGAUGAACAUUACAAGUUUUAUAAUGAAGAUGAAAAAGAAUACAGAUGCACUAAUAUUUUCAGUGUGUUUUUAGAAAAAGGAGAGUUGGUGCAAACAGAUCAAGUCAUUACAAUAAGUUUGACACCACUUCAUCAAUCAGAUAAACAAAUUACCAUCGGUAUUUAUUCCACACCUAAUCUUGGAGUUCGAUACAUUGAAGAUACAAAUGGGAAAAGCACAGUCAUAAAAAUUGGUCAAUUAGUCAUUGAUAUUCCUAAUCCUGAUAACCUGUCAACGGAUGAUCGUCACGUUGACAUCACUAUGGAUUUCAGUGGUACAGAGAUACAGGCUAAAGCAAAGUAUCGUGUUACUGGAGAAGAAGUUAAAACUGUUUGUGACUUCCUGUCUGCUCAACAAACUUAG